CUUUAUUAUAAAAAGUUUACUGAAAAUUCAAACCGCUUAUUAUAUUAGUUGCUGCUUUAAACAAGCGUCGAGAGUGUUUUUUUUUAACAAAUCAACUGCGAAAAAUCUGUUAACUGCUAAAAAGACGGUAGUAUGAAAAUGUUCUUUCAAUUUUCUAGAUUAUCGUCAUAAAAUUUGUUAUCAAUUUAUCCAAUCGUCGACAGAUGUUUUUGAUUUUAAAUUUAGAGCAUUUACUGGAUUUCACCAUCUUGCAGUCUUCAAAAUGUUGGGUGAUACUGGCUGUGUAAUGACCCUUGCAAACAGUAUAAUCGGUGUAGGCAUUCUGGCGAUGCCUUUUUGCUUUCAAAAAUGCGGUAUACUUUUGUCUAUACUUUUGCUGAUAAUAAACAACUGGACUACACGAAUUUGUUGCCAUUACCUCAUCAAAUCUUCAUUGUUGACUAGACGAAAAAGUUUUGAAUUCUUAGGAUUUCAUGCUUUCGGCGCUUCGGGAAAAUUGCUGGUAGAGUUAUGCAUCAUUGGCUAUUUGCUUGGCACUUGUAUAACUUACUUUGUGGUAGUAGGCGAUCUGGGUCCACAAAUUUUAACCAAAAUGUUUGCCUUAGAACAGGGACCGAGGCAUUUACGUACUUGGUUAAUGUGUGGCGUAACAUUGUUCUGCAUUUUACCAUUAGCUAUGCUGAAGAAUGUCGACAGCUUGUCAACCGUAUGUACCGCUUCAAUUGGAUUUUAUGUUUGCUUAGUAGCGAAGAUAAUAUUAGAAUCAAAAAGUCACAUUAUGGCUUACGACUGGCCGAACAAAGUCGUUUAUUGGCAACCAAAAGGUAUACUGCAAUGUUUACCAAUAUUUAGUAUGGCAUUAUCGUGUCAAAUGCAAAUUUUUGAAGUUUUCACCAGCGUAAGUAAUCAGAGUGUGGAAAAACUGAAUGGCAUCGUCCGGAAUGCUGUCUCGAUCUGCACCUUCGUUUACACGGCCGUAGGCUUUUUUGGUUAUGUAGCGUUUUGCGAUUACACAUUUUCUGGUAACAUUCUUGUAAACUUAUCAGCAUCUUUUGGCAGCGAUGUUAUUAAGAUUGGUUUUGUGUUAUCGGUUGCAUUUAGCUUUCCGUUGGUUAUAUUUCCAUGUCGUGCGAGCUUAUAUUCAUUACUCUAUCGUAAGGGCCAAACGGAUGCUUCUGGUUACAUACCAGAAUGUCAGUUCAAAGCGAUUACUGUAUUUAUAGUACUGUUUGCUUUGACAGUUGCAUUGAUGAUACCUUCUGUCGAAUUAAUAAUCGGUUUGGUUGGUUCUACAAUAGGCGUGGCUAUAUGUAUCAUGUUUCCGGCAGCAUGCUUUCGUACAAUUGUUACCAAGCCCUCCAGCGAACGUAGCUUGGCUCAAUUGAUUAUCAUAAGUGGAUUUUGUUUAAUGAUUUUAGGCACGUACGCAAAUCUCAAUGCUAUAGACGAAAAAAGCUCAGGUGCUCAUUUAAAAGAAGAUGGUGUUUUACAAUCCACAGACCUUCCAAAAGAUUUAAUGAAAAAAAAUCUAAUUAACAUGGAGAGAAUUAUUGUAGCCAAACUAACCCAAGAAGAAGAGAUUAAAUCUAAGAAAAACAACAAACAAACGCUCGAUGAAGAUAACAAGGAAAGUAAACCGCCACCACCUCCCUUGCCGGUAGAUGAAGUACAUGGUAAUGAUGAACGGCAAGUUGCGAAAGAAGUCAAAGAAAUCAAAGACCAGAUAGACGCGAAAUCGGAAGCCAAUAACAAAGAAAUUGAUUCAAAAAUUAUAAAACUAUUAGAAAAGCAUAGCGAUACGAGAGUUUCAGUCGAAGAGCAAAAACAACAAUCGUCAAAUUCAUCUCAACUUGAACCCAUUCAGCAAACAAUUGAUAGCGAUGCUAUCAAGAAAGAAGACGAGGCUGUUAAAGAAACUUCAAAAUUAAAUAUAAACGCUGAAAAUGAAGUGUUGAAAAAGACGCAAAAAGAAUUGGAAAAAACCAAAAAUCUGUUAGAGAAACGCGUCGAGGAAUUAAAAGAAGAAUUGGUCAAACAAAAUCAAGAGACCCAAAAUUUAGUGGUUGAAAAGCUAGGCGAAGUUGUAGAAAAAUUUGAACAAAUUGAACGUAAAGUAGUACAACAACAAGAAAAAGAAGAAAAUCGCAAACUGUCUGCGGAUCCAAAAUCCGGAGAAAACAAGUUGUUAUCUAUUCUUGCGAACACUAACAACUCUUCCGUAAAUCAACAAGCAAUUGCUUCAAAAGUAAAUGAAAACGUUACUAAGCCCUCGCUUUCUGUUAAAAAUGAUCUCGAGAGUACUAAUGUUUCUAUAAAAUUAGAGCAUCGUUUGGCGUUACCUUUGCCUUUAUUAAUCAAUAAUACGCAGAUGAAACUAAAUGAAACUUUGAAAUCCGUCCCACUGAAGAAUGUGAUUAUGAAUAUUUUUAAUCAAACCCCCGAAGCAACGCCUUCAUACAAUAGCGAAGUAGAUAAGUCAAUAGAUAAAGAAAAUGUGGAGGCAAUACGUCGUGAUAUCUUACAAGUGAAAGAUGAGAAAACCGAAAUGGAAGCAAACACUAGCAUAGACAAGUACGAUGAAUCCAUACACAGAGUGAAACGUUUUUCCAUGCAAUCACUUAGAACGGAAGAUUGCUUAGGUGAUCCCUUAGGUAAAAUGGAAUCAGUAGCUGGUCCGGAUCUCAACUCUCUCGUAGAUGUGAAAUUUGGCCGAGAUUUAAAGUCAAUCCAAGACGAAGAAAAUCAUCGAAUUCAAGAGUAGCACAAUAUGUUUGCGAAAUUCACGUUAAUUUUAUAAACAGUACUUCUAUGUACAAAAAGCAUUUAAAAAAACCUUCGAAAAUCUAAGAAAAACACGAGUCAAACAGUAUAU